GUAGAGAUUUUUGCUGUGAGAAUUAACAGUGACCUUUCAUUAUGGGGGAUAUCCUGGCUCAUGAAUCCGAAUUACUUGGACUAGUGAAAGAGUAUUUAGAUUUUGCUGAAUUUGAAGACACCUUGAAAAUGUUUUCAAAAGAAUGCAAAACGAAAGGAAAAGCAUUACCCAAAACAGCAGGUAGCUCUUUAAGGGACUCUAAAUCAUCGAUAAUCCAGAAGGACCUCAUUGCUGCGUUUGACAACGGAGCCCAGAAGGUGUUCUUCGAUUUGUGGGAAGAGCACAUUCCCAACUCCAUCCGAGAUGGUGACUCCUUUGCCCAGAGGUUGGAAUUCUACCUCCACAUCCAUUUUGCCAUCUAUCUUCUGAAACGCUCCGUGCGGAGACCUGACAAAGAGGAACUGGAUGAAAGGAUUUCUUAUUUCAAAACCUACCUGGAGAGCAAAGGGGCAGCUCUGAGCCAGACCACAGAGUUCCUCCCUUUCUAUGCGCUGCCGUUUGUUCCAAACCCUAUGGUGCACCCGUCCUUUAAAGAGCUCUUCCAGGAUUCUUGGAGUCCAGAAUUGAAGUUGAAGUUGGAAAAGUUUCUAGAUUUAAUUUUUAAAGCCAGUAACACGCCAAAGCUUUUAAUGUUAUAUAAGGAGAAUGGACAAAGUCACAAAGAAAUGUUGCAGCAGCUCCACCAGCAGCUGCUAGAAGCUGAGCGUAGGUCAAUGACAUACCUGAAACGGUACAAUAAGAUCCAGGCGGACUACCACAACCUCAUCGGAGUCACGGCAGAGCUGGUGGAUUCUCUGGAGGCCACGGUCAGUGGCAAGAUGAUCACUCCCGAGUACCUGCAGAGCGUCUGCAUCCGCCUCUUCAGUAACCAGAUGCGGCAGAGCCUGGCCCACAGCGUGGACUUCACGAGGCCCGGGACGGCUUCAACCAUGUUAAGAGCCUCCUUGGCACCCAUGAAACUGAAGGAUGUCCCACUGCUGCCCUCCUUGGAUUAUGAGAAACUGAAGAGGGAUUUGAUUGUGGGGAGCGACCGCUUGAAAGCUUUCUUGCUGCAGGCUCUGCGCUGGCGCUUGACCACAUCCCAUCCCGGGGAGCAGAGGGAGACCGUGCUGCAGGCCUACAUCAGCAAUGACCUCUUGGACUGCCAGGGCCACAGCCAGAGCAGCGUGCUGCAGCUGCUGCACGGCAGGAGUGACGUGGUGCGCCAGUACACGGCCAGGCUCAUCAACGCCAUCGCGUCCCUGGCAGAAGGUCGCCUCUACCUUGCCCAGAGCACGAAGGUGCUGCAGAUGCUGGAGGAGAGGCUGAAGGAGGAAGACAAGGACGUUGUCACCCGGGAGAAUGUGCUCGGGGCCUUGCAGAAGUUCAGCCUCAGGCGGCCGCUGCAGACAGCCAUGAUUCAGGACGGCCUCAUCUUCUGGCUGAUCGACAUUCUGAAGGAGCCCGAUUGCCUGUCGGACUACACGCUGGAGUACGCAGUGGCCCUGCUCAUGAACCUCUGCCUCCGGAGCGCAGGGAAGAACAUGUGCGCCUCAGUGGCAGGCCUCGUACUGAAAGUUCUUUCGGAUCUGCUGGGCCAUGAAAACCACGAGAUACAGCCGUACGUGAAUGGAGCACUGUACAGCAUCCUCUCUAUCCCGUCCGUCCGUGAGGAAGCGAGAGCGAUGGGAAUGGAAGACAUCCUUCGCUGCUUCAUGAAAGAAGGCAACGCUGAAAUGAUCCGCCAGAUCGAAUUCAUCAUCAAGCAGCUUAAUUCAGAAGAGUUCCCGGAUGGUGUUCUUGAAUCUGAUGAUGAUGAAGAUGAAGAUGAUGAGGAGGACCAUGACACCAUGGAAGCCGAUCUGGACAAAGACGAACUGAUCCAGCCCCAGCUCGGCGAACUCUCAGGCGAGAAGCUCCUGACCACGGAGUACUUGGGAAUCAUGACCAACACGGGGAAGACGAGGCGGAAGGGCCCAGCUGGUGUGCAGUGGGGCGGCGACGAGCCCCUGCGCAGGCCUGUCACCCCCAGCGGCCAUAGGAAUGGGUACCCAGUGUUGGAAGACCAUCCCGUUUCCCCCCAGACAUCCCGACAUGCCCGGAACGGCUGCCUCCAGUCCCCACCCAAGGCCCACCUUCCAGUCUGCAAGGGCGGCAAGCCUGGUGCUUCGGAGCCUUGCGUUUCGACUUCAUCCUCCAGGGACGCCAGGCCAGAGGAGUGGCUGCCAGGAAGACAUCAGGGAGAGCCUCGCCUGCCCCCCUCCGUGGCCCCCAGCCACCCGAGGGAGGUGCCCUGGGCCCUGUGCAGUGGAGAAGCCACCAGGGAAUUUUCGUCAGCCUUUGCCAGCAAGCCCCAGACCCCCUGGACCCCGGAAAUCCUGGACCUGAACCCACCCAAGGCCAAGGCAUCAGCCCUGGCCCCUCAGUUCUCCUCACGUGGCCCCCAGCAGGCCAGCCGGCCUAGCUACACUGCGUCCUCCACUGCGUCGUCCUCCACUGCGUCAUCCUCCACGAGGGGCCUGCAGAGCAGCCAAUCUCUCAGGAAGUGAGGUUGGUUUCUUCCCAGCUCACCCAGCCUCUGCAGGACCAGCCAGCUUCCCGGCUCCGCCUGCCAGCAGCUG